AGCUUAGCAACCUAUUCUUGCAAUGCAUUUCCAACCAUACAUUGCUUUUUUUAUUCUUUUUGAACAAUUUUUAUAUUCAUCUGAUCGUUCAUCACUGACCCAGACAGAAAUCCUGAAACCGGAAGAAUUUGAAUUCAGUGAUGUUGAAGAGAUCAACUUGGGUCCAGUUAUCCUGAUGGUAUUUCUAUUGGCAGUUGCCAUCGACUGGACAGUUGGCCGUUACCGGACACACCCCUACAGAAGGAGGAUCGGUUGGGCCCAUCUAGUAACAUUCAUGAUCUUCAUGGCCAUUAUUUAUACCCAUCAUGCAUCACUGGAGUUCAAUGAAGAAGGCCCAGUAUAUGAGAAUGAUGGUGAUGAGGAUACUGAGGAGAACUUCCUAUUCUAUCUGUUUGUUCUCCUGGUAUUUAUCUGUGGACUGGCCAGUGACUGGUGUUUCAGUUGCAGCACUAAGAAGCCAGAGCUUCCCAAUGAAAUUGCUACAGACACUGAAGGAGAAGCGCCAAAUUCCUUGGAAAGAGAGACUGAGAAUCUUUUAGAUGCAGAAAGCACAGAGAUCUCAGUGGAUGUGCAAUCUACUACUGACUGCAUAGGCCCGAUCACUGCUGUCUCAUUAGAGACUGAGUAUCUGCCAACAGACUCGGAUACAAGACCAGGCAGUGUCAAUCUAUUAGAGACUGAGUAUCCAUCGGAAGAGUUGGAUACAGCAACAAACAGAGAUGAUUCUGCAGAUGAGUUUGAGUCGGCUCAAAGUACAGAAAGUGCCAGUAUCUACACUACCCCGACUCUCCCACAAUCCCUUACUCCUGCUCAUCCCGCCCAGAAGGAGGCGCUGGCAGAGAGAGCAGAGACUGGCAGUGUAGAUGCCUCUCAGGAGCUCCCCGACUCUGUCCGUCAGACCUCUCCCAUCUCUCUUGAUGACUUUGAAUUCAAAAGAUGGCUUGGGAGCGGAUCCUUCGGACAGGUCUUCCAGGCAGAACAAAAGAACACAGGGAAGAUGCUCGCCAUUAAACGCAUUAACAAGAUUGAGUCGUCUGAAAAUGAUAUGAUCGAAAAGGUUUUCCUGGAGAGAGACAUAUUAAGGAUAGCGAGGGACUCGAGAGACCCUUUCCUUGUGAACCUAUUCUGCGCUUUCCAGAGCGAGCAUCAAGUCUACUUAGCGAUGGAAUUCGUUGGCGGAGGCACCUUACAGUACCAUCUGAAAUAUGGUGCACUCCCCCAUUCCAAAACUUUGUUCUAUUCUGCAUGCAUUGUCCAAGGGAUCAAGUUCUUACACGACCACGGAAUUGUCCACCGAGAUUUAAAGCCUGACAAUAUUGUUCUGGACAGUGCUGGGUAUGCCAAAGUUACAGAUUUUGGACUGUGCAAAACAGGAAUUGACUGCACAUCUGAAAUGACCGGCCGAUAUGGAAAUUCAUUUUACUGUGCACCUGAAAUUCUCAAAGAAGAAUCUUAUAACAGAACCGUGGAUUGGUGGUCUUUAGGUGUCAUUAUCUAUGAGAUGGCUGUUGGGGAGAUGCCAUUUGAUGGUGAUGAUGAGGAUGAGCUGUGUGACGCAAUCAUUAAUACAGAACCAGACUAUCCAACCCUCCUGAAUGGCAAAACCGCUUUAAUAAUAAGAAAACUCCUGUACAAAAACCCCAAAUUCCGCCUUGGAUCGGCUAGAAACGAUGGGGAAGAAGUGCAGAAUUUCUGUUACUUUGAGACAAUAGACUGGAAAGCGCUGAUGGACAAGCGGUUGAAGGCGCCAUUCCAGCCCGGCAACAAUUUUGGCGUCAGUAAGCGACGUGGUGGUCGUGUUACAACUCCCUUAUAUUUCAUCCACCCAACUGACCCAACUGUGCAAGCAGCAUUCAGCACAUUUGAUGAGUUGCCAGUAGACAUCCCAUAAAAUGAUACAAUUCUAUAGAAGUAGAAGAUAUGCACUUGUAGGUGCCGGAGAGAAGAUGCAGGGCUGUCUCGCUUCUGCUCAGUGUGUAUAGAAAGCCCAGAAAUAAAGAGGUGAGUCUAGAUCUUUAGAAUUUUGAAUGAAAUUAGCAGGGUCAGAUAUAAAAUUGCUUUACAUAAAUCCUCAUUAACGAGUUCUGUAAUAAUGUAUUUUAUAUAUAUGUCAUGUAUUUGCCAUUGAUAUUUGUAUUCUCUGCUUACAGCUUCAAUAAAGCAGAAGCCUCUUCCACCAGUGAAGAUGAAGGACAGAAUUAUUACUGUCUCUUUUCCUUCACCAAUUCAGAUGAAGAGUGAGACCUUUGGUUUGGAGACCGGCUUUCAAUAAACCUGAAAACCGUAACGUGCUCCCCAAUAUACUGCCUACGUAAUAUAUAUUUGCCCAGACAAUGGAGAUGAGGGCAAAUAAUAGGGAGGGCGGGCGGCACGGCAGUAUAAAGAGGGAGCACUCUUAUAAUAUCACUGUUCCUUCUAAGCACUCGAGGGCACCGACAGAAAUUUUGAGGCCAGAGCACAAGGACUUUGAUGUAAAAACAUUCUUUUCUUCUGUGCCCAGUGCUAAAGAAAAAUUAAAGAGAAGACGGACUACAACCUGCUAUUAAUAUUAUAUUACUUUUUGUAUAUUAUAUUUUUAUAUUAAAAAAUAUUUUUUAAUAAAA